UUAAAAUCAGCCAAGCCAUCAUCAUCAUGGAGCUAAGUGCAGUAACGCUUAUCUUCCUCUCACUCCUCUCCCUGCCAAUUUUUGUGACCUUGCUCAGCCGCAAAUCCAAGAAUCGGCGGCCGCCAGGCCCUUGGAAUCUCCCCUUGAUUGGAAGCCUCCUCCACUUCCUCAAGUCGCAGCCACAUGUCGCUCUCCGGGACCUGGGCAGGAAGUACGGCCCGGUGAUGUUCCUCCGGAUCGGCCAGAUCGACACCGUCGUGAUAUCCUCGCCAGCGGCGGCGCAGGAAGUGCUCCGGGAGAAGGAUGUCAAGUUCGCGUCGCGGCCGAGCCUUGUGGUCUCAGAGAUCUUCUGCUACGGGAACCUCGACAUCGGCUUCUCGCCGUACGGCCCGUACUGGCGGACGCUGCGCAAGCUCUGCACGGUGGAGCUGCUCAGUGCCAAAAUAGUGCGGCAGCUCGCACCCAUCAGGGACAACGAGACUCUGUCCCUCAUCAGAAAGAUCCAAGCCGCUGGGCAGGACGGCGAACCAGUCAACCUCGCCAGGCUGCUCAUGACCUGCUCGAACACGAUCACAGGGAAGGCGGCAUUCGGCCAGGCCUGCAGCAGCGAGCUCCUGGAGCAGUUCCUGUCGGCGACGGAUGCCUCGCAGAAGUUCAGCGUGGGCUUCACCGUCGGCGACCUCUUCCCACAGCUGCGUUUCAUCGACGUCGUCAGCGGCCUGAGACGCCGGAUGUGGCGAGCACGUGGGCAGCUGGAUGCCGUCUUCGACAAGAUCAUAGCUCGAUGUGAGGCACAGCAAGGUGAUUCCCUUUUGAGCGUCCUCCUCCGGAUCAGGGACGAAGGGGCGCUUGAAUUCCCCAUCGGCACAACAAACAUCAAGGCAAUUAUAAUGGACAUGUUCACUGGAGGGACGGAGACAACGGCGUCAAGUGCGGAGUGGCUCAUGUCAGAGCUCAUGAGGAACCCAGAUGUAAUGGCCAAGGCACAGGCCGAGGUGCGUCGAGUAUUCGACAACAAGCGCCCACAAGACCAUGAGGGCUUGGUGGACGAGCUACACUACACAAGGAUGGUGAUCAAGGAGAGCAUGAGGCUGAACACGGUGGUGCCAUUGCUGGUCCCCCAUCUCUGCCGGGAGACUUGCGAUGUAGGUGGGUUCCAAGUCACGGAGGGCACCAGGGUCAUCAUCAACGCGUGGGCUAUGGCAAGGAGCCCCGAGUAUUGGCAUGACGCGGAGAAGUUCAGGCCGGAGAGGUUUAAGGACGGAAUGCUUGACUUCAAAGGCUCCCGGUUCGAGUACUUGCCAUUCGGGACAGGGAGGAGAAGGUGCCCCGGAGAUACCUUUGGGCUGGCUGUGCUGGAGCUCGUUGUCGCGCGCCUUCUCUACUACGUCGACUGGAGCCUCCCGGCCGGAAUGCGGCGUGAUGAGCUUGACAUGGACGUGUACGUUGGUGCGACGGUCAGGAGGAAGAACCCGCUGCACCUAGUGGCGUCACCAUAUAAGGUGGCUCCCAUGCAAAGCUGAUCGACAGGUCAGUGUAUCUGUUGUUUGGUGGCCAACGGUCGCGGUUUAUCGACAUGUGCCUUGACUACUGCUCCUUUAAAGUUACAACUAAAUAUAAAUAACUAUGGACAAUAAUGUUCGUUAGGACAUGGGGAAGUCCCAAACCAACGUGACACGUUGAUCAGUUUGUACUUAAAUAUAUAUGCUCCCAAAAUAUUAAGUGUUUUUUAUGAAGGUUUAUUUAUAAGGGUAAUAAUAUACAUAUAUGUACUUGUCGUUACGUGACUGAUGUUGAAUAGUUUCUCUCAGUCACCGGUCCUGGUCAUUGGAUCGUGAUGGGUGGAUGUCUAUGAUCAGCCUAUGCGUAAAUGAUGUAAAUUGGGCUCGCAUAUGACAUGUGUUUUGGACGGUUUGUGGUUA